UCGCUGGCACUCCCACAGGAGAGCCUUAACUUGAUUCCACCUUCCUCACCUGUCAGUGGACCGACCCGAGUACCACUAUGGUCUCCAAGACGGUCAUCGCCCUUGGGCUUCUGGCCACCUUUUGUGCUGUAGUCAUGGCCGACCCUGAACCCGGUGGUAGAUAUGGUGGUGGUGGUGGUGGUGGUGGUAGAGGUGGUGGAUAUGGUGGUGGAGGAGGGCGUGGAUUUGGAGGUGGAGGCGGCGGAUAUGGCGGAGGUGGCGGCGGUAGUGGAGGCCGUGGAUACGGAGGUGGCGGCGGUGGUGGAGGCCGUGGAUAUGGAGGUGGCGGAGGUGGACAUGGAGGCGGCGGCGGCCGUGGAUACGGAGGUGGGGGAGGUGGAGGCCGUGGAGGUGGUGGCGGUGGUGGUUAUGGCGGCUACGGAAAGUAAAAUGGUAAUCUUUAAUAUUACUCACAUCUUACGUGUAAAAAUAUAUGGUAUCCCAGACAAGAAUAAAAGUAUAUUAAUUUAAAACAAAAAACUUUAAUAAGGAAGAUCAUCAAAACUCAAAGCUGUAAUUUUCGCUACUUCAUACAUCUCUUAAAUAUGUUAACUUCAUAAUAUUACAAUUUAUUAAUGUAAAAAAUGCUGGUUACAAGGAGAAUAAUUUUGUAAGUUGAUGUAUUUUCUGGCUACAGGGGCAUCACCAGGAGACACAGCAACGCUGCUGUGAGCUGCAUCUGUGAAGAUCUUAUGAUAUUAAACUCUCCACACAUAUUUCUUGUAUCAUAUUCUUCAUUAACUCCUUCUGUACCAAUACUUUGUGAAGUGUUGGGCUUGAGACCUCACAGCCUCUAGAGGGGCUAUUAAGGUUAUCUUGUGAUGAUUUCGGGGGUUAUUGUCCCUGCGGCCCGGUCCUCAACCAGGCCUCGUCUUUGUUACACACACCCCAGGAAGCAUCCCACAGUGG